AUGGUUGGUAGCGUCAACGGCGGCUGGAAUUCGCUGGCCAAGUUAGUUGAUAAUGGUUACGACAAUGUACUGGUUGCUAUCAACGGACAGAUACCGGAGAAUUUGGAGAUUAUUGACAGACUGAAGGAAGCAUUCGUGGUUGCAUCUGACUACCUCCACCGCGCCACAAGACGACGAGCUUUUUUUCGCAAGGUGGAUUUUUUGAUACCCACGACGUGGCAGGACAGACCAGAGUAUGAAGCUGUUACCGUGGAAACGUUUUCACGCGCCGACUACCGAGUGGAAGAAGCCAACCCUGUGUGGGGAGAUAAUCCUUAUACAGUCCAAUACGGCGAAUGUGGCACUCCGGGAAAAUAUGUUCACCUGACCCCGUGGUUCGUACUGGAUCCUGAUAAUAUAGUGCAAUAUUACUGGGGAGAUCCAGGUCGUGUCUUGGUUCACGAAUGGGGACAUCAACGUUAUGGCCUGUUUGAUGAAUAUGGUCAACCCGACGAAGACUAUCCCGACUAUUACAUCGAUAGUAGUGGGAAAUUGCGUCCCACUGGGUGUAUGGAAAAACCGAAAGGAUGGAAUUUAAACAGAUAUACGUACAAAAAAUGCAAAAAGGACAAAAAAACUGGUCUCUUUGAGAAAGAUUGCUACUUCUUCCCCAAUUUAUACACCAAUAAAAUACCGGCAUCCGUCAUGUUUUUGCAAUAUAUUCACUCGGUGGACAAGUACUGCGAUGAUAGCAUGCAUAACAGGGAAGCACCAAACAAACACAACGCCAUAUGCCAAGGACAGUCAACAUGGAGUGUAAUAUUGCAGCACCCUGACUGGGUUGACAAUGAGCCUGCCGAUGUGCCUUCCACCAUCCCGUCAUUCAGACUUCUGUAUCCACGAUAUAGGAAGAUUGUACUUGUAUUAGACGUAUCGGGGAGUAUGUCAUUGAAAUCCAGGAUAAUAAAACUACAACAGGCGGUGUAUACUUUCAUCAUGGACGAAAUCAGCCUUGGGAUAGACGUUGGUUGUGUAACAUUCAGUGACAAGGCGAAUAUCAUAAGUUGGUUAAUGCCGAUAAACAGCGACGAAGACAGGGAAGAAUUCUUGGCAUUGGUUAUGCCAACGCUAAAUACAGGUGGAAAUACAGCCAUUGGUUCGGCACUUAUUGCUGGUGUGCAGGUGCUAUCUCAAAACGACACACAACCUGCUGAUGGGGGUAUACUCUUUCUUGUAACCGACGGGCAAGAGAAUGUUCCGCAAUUUAUCGAAGAAGUAAUUGAUAAUGUCAUCGAGUCCGGUGUGAUUGUAGAUACCCUUGCUUGGGGACUCUUUGCAGAGGAGAAACUGGAAACAAUUGCUUCUGGCACCAAAGGGUCUUCUUAUUAUUAUUCUGAACAAGCACAAAGUAAUGCACAUGUUGAAGCAUUCAUGGAAGUUGCAUCAUCAUCAUCUUCUGAUUCGGAAAACGAUGUACCAGCACUUCUAACCAGUUUUGGACUAGAACUACCGAAUGAAGAGACAUUCACUGAUAGCUUUUACAUUGACGAAUCAAUUGGUGCCAAUACACAUGUGAUUGUGACUUGGGCUAAAGAUGUGAAUAGAAAUCCUUUAGUUGUCACGGUAACAUCGCCAGCUGGUGGCCUUAUUGAUGAGUCUUCAUCUGAAUACAUUUAUGAUAAAAAACUUGGUAGAGUUUCCAUCAAAUUACCAGGGAUUGCUGAGAUUGGUCUUUGGAAAUACACAAUAUCAAACCCAACACCGGCACCCCAUGACCUGAAACUACAAAUUACAUCCAGGUCUCGGGAUGGAAGUGGUGCCAUAACCAUGACAUCAUGGACUAGUAGUGAACAGGUGGACUUUCCCUCGUUUCAAUACAUUUAUGCUGAAAUCAAGAAAGGACAGUUUCCUGUUGGUGGAUUAUCAAAUGUCAUCGCUCAUGUUGACCGUCCCCUCACUGAGCCACUGGAAGUUAUACUCAGAGAUAAUGGCGCAGGCGUUGAUGUUAAUAAAUACGAUGGAAUUUAUUCUGGAAGUUUCGUGGGUUUCGCACGAGAUGGUAGAUACAGCGUGAAGGUGUCAAUAAAAACAGAUGGAAACACCACCAAUGCUCAAAUUCGCUCUGGAUCCGGUGCCAAGACCAUCAAUGACACUAAAGCUGAACGAGAUUUUCAAAAGAUGUUUAAACUAGAAUCAGGACUAGAACGCACUUCAACUUCCAAAGUGUUUAAAGUUUCUGAUUAUGACAUCAGCGACAAUACUGAUUACUUUCCACCAAUACGUAUUAGUGAUUUACGUGUAGUUGAAGUAUCUUAUGAAAACCAAACAGUUACAUUAACCUGGACAGCACCUGGAGGUGAUUUGGACCAUGGAACAGCUGAUGGAUACGAUUUACGUUAUAGUGAUAGUUAUGAUGAAUUAUUUGAUGAUUUUGAACAAGCAACACCUGUACAAGAUUCCGACAUCAUUGAGGGACACCUUCUAUCUGAUCCAAAAUCUGCGGGUGCUACGCAGGGAAUCGAAAAUUAUUACAUCCACCGGGCUGAAAAUGCUACGUUGUUGCACCCAGUCGCUAGUGAGGUUUUCUAUGACGUAAGUGACGUCAGAGAUUCUUUACUUGUGACUGGUUUGCAAAGGAACUAG